AUGCCAUCACCAAGUCUCGUUUCGAAGCGGACGGAUUACCAUAUGCAAGAAAAGCUCGGCUUUGACAAAAUCCUCGGACUUUACGAUUCUUUUGUCGUCCAGUUCAAAAUGGGCUCUAUUCUCAUCACCGAGCUCGUUUCCCCCUCUCUGUCCUCCUCCAUCGCCAGGAACCGUCACCCAGAUUUGCGAUUCACAAGCUCAUGA